GCCAGCACAAGCUUCCCCUCCACCCGCUCCACCGCGCCGCCGCCGCCGCCGCCACCGCCGUGGCCUCCCUGGCGAGCCCACAGGGGUCGGGAGAAAUGGCGAUACAGUCGUCCGGACGGCCCUAUCAGAUGCUGAUAGAGAAGCAGCUGUGCUUAAAAAUUGUCGAUUCGGCCUUCUACAAGAUGACCUAUAAUAUCGAUACCCACAAAAUUGCGAUCGACGAUAUUUACAACCAGGUCGACCAUGUCAAACCAUGGAUGACCGACGAAGAAGGCGAAGAAGGCGGCCCCUCCUGUGCCUUCUGCCUCCUAUACAAACUGUUUACCAUGAAUCUUACUGCGGUCCAGAUAAACGAUCUGCUCAAGCACCCGGACUGCCCUUAUAUAAGAGCUAUCGGAUUUCUGUACCUGCGUUACGUUGCGGAACCAGGGACCUUAUGGGGGUGGUACAAGCCCUACAUUGAAGAUCCUGAGGUGUUUUCCCCUGGAUCCAAUGGAGAAAGGACAACUAUGGGUUCUUAUGUUCGUGAUCUCCUUCUUGGUCAGUCCUACUUCAAUACUCCUCUUCCGCUAGUGCCUCCCUCGAUUUUGAGACAGAUCAAGUAUGCUCUUGAGAAGAUGAGGCUCCCAACAAGACGGUCAAGGAUAACUCAAGUUUCAGAUGCUACUGCGCAGUGUCCUCAUUCAGUACGAGAUAUUGGAAGGAGUCAUGACAUUGGUCAUGCAAAAUCUUCACUGAGGAAACACCAAAGUCAACGUCGUGAGCAUAAUCAUGACACUGAUAGGAGCCGUUCAGACCGUGAUCGUCACUGGUACAAUGUUACAGACCAUGGUAGGCAAAUCGGUAAUAACACAGACCAUGAUUACCAUCGCUCAAGCUAUUCAGGAAGGGAUGCCGAGAGGCGUGGCCGUGAAAGGAGGGACGAGGGCCUUGAUCGAAGUGGGAGGAGGAGGAGGAGGAGGAGGAGCAGGAGCAGGAGCAGGAGCUACGACGGCAGCACCAGGAGGAGGAGGAGGAGCAGCAGCAGCAGCAGCAGGAGGGAAGCCGGAGGCAGAGGAUAG